AAUCUAAUGAAACUCCUCCACAGAUUUGGACAGCCCAGAAGGCAUUGCCAUCGACCACCUGGGACGCACUUUCUUCUGGACGGACUCUGUGAAGGAUCGUAUCGAGGUGGCCUCUUUGGACGGGUCUAAACGCCGAGUCAUCAUAGACACUGAUCUCGUCAACCCACGAGCCAUCAUCACCGACCCCCCCAAUGGAAACCUUUACUGGAGCGACUGGAACCGAGACGCUCCAAAGAUCGAGACGUCCUACAUGGAUGGGUCCAACAGAAGGGUUUUGGUGAAAGACGACCUGGGCCUCCCAAACGGGCUCACGUUGGACUCCCAGAGCUCUCUGCUGUGCUGGGCCGACGCAGGCACACACAAGAUGGAGUGCAUGAAUCCAGGCCGGGGCGAUCGCAGACAGGUGCUGGAGGGGGUCCAGUACCCGUUUGGAAUCACGUCUUUCGGGAAGAACAUCUACUACACGGACUGGAGGAGGGAUGCUGUGGUCGUGGUGGAUCUGAACUUAGGCAGAGAAUUAGACGACUUCCAGCCUCAGAAACGGACCAAACUGUAUGGCAUCACCACGGCGUACGCCACGUGUCCUUCAG